AUGGGUCGGGGAAUUUUUUGGGGAAUUUUUUGGUUGAUUGGAUCACGGGCGCACGGCCAUCGCCAGCCCGCACGGUACUUGCCUCGAAGGGAACGAUUGCUUCCUCGUUUCGAAGUUCGACCAGUCUCGAGACUCCCCGCACGAAACCCCCUGCUCAUGCCAGCCGCGUCGGCGCCGCGCCCAAUGGCGCCCUCCGAUCCCGCCCACAAAAUUUUAGAUCUCCUCAAACUCUUCACGGAUGGUACGACCGUGCUUGGCCCGGAUGUUGAUCUAUCUGACUCCGCCUCCGUCGCUCGCUUCCUUGCUCACAUCGAUACCUCCCCUGCCGCGAAAUCCCUCCUCCAAUCUCUCGGGCCCAACACCGCUUUCGGUUCCUUCGUCCACCUGCUCGCUAAGCUCUCCGGCCAGGCCCUCGACGCCCCUCUCUCUUCCUCCCCCGAUCCAGCGGUCGCUCCCGUUGCUUCGUCACCGUACCUCCGUGCCGCCUCCGCCACUCUUCCGCCCCCGAAACCUCUGUCGCGACUCCUGGCAGUUAGUUACUCUCCAACCGCCCCGCACCCUCGCCGCGACAACCUCCCACGUCUCUCGCGCAAAUUGCAAGCGGAUCUUCGGUAUCACAAUGACCUGCUGCGUAUUGCCCGCCAUUGGUAA